GAAUUGAAAUUCCCUUGGACCUGAAAAAGAGGGUUCCAAAUUCCAGUCUAGGUAUCCGUCACCGUCUCUGCUCGCUCGUUAAACAUGUCCGGCGAAGAGGAAGAGAACGCCGCCGAGCUCAAAAUCGGAGACGAGUUUCUCAAGGCCAAGUGUUUGAUGAACUGCGAGGUUUCUCUGAUUCUUGAGCACAAGUUCGAGCAGCUUCAGCAGAUGUCUGAUGAUCCCAGGAACCAAGUCUCCCAGGUGUUUGAGAAGUCUCUACAGUAUGUGAAGCGAUUUAGCCGGUAUAAGAAUGCUGAUGCUGUGAAGCAAGUGAGAGAAAUCCUCAGUAGAUAUCAGUUGACUGAGUUUGAGCUUUGUGUGCUUGGGAAUCUCUGCCCUGAAACUGUUGAGGAGGCCAUUGCUAUGGUACCAUCUAUAAAGGCAAAAGGACGGGUGCAUGAUGAUGAGGUGAUUGACAAAAUGUUGAAUGACAUUGCAAUGAUCAAGAAAUUUGAUUAGAGGCUUAUACUUCUGUCCUAUGUUUUAUAGCAAUGUAGCUGAAUAUUUGGGUAUUUGGCUAUUGUAAUCUGCCAGUGAAGCAAAACGUUUGAACUCUUGUUUGACCCUUUAUAUGGAUCUUACCUUACUAAUCUUGAAUAUCACUACCUAUUGUUGAAU